AUGUGGAAGAAAUGGCAACUGUUCCAUGCUACGGACUUUCAAUCGCUGAUGUAUCCCUGCUUCAUCUUCAGUAGUAUUCUUGGAAUAUUUCCGUACAAAAUCAAUGGUUCAACUUUCGAGACUUCUAAACUACGAUACAUUCUAACAAUCUUCAUUCUUAGUGUUUUGAGUAUUUAUGUGUUAGUAGUGCUCUAUGAAAUUAACAUCGCUGGAACUAUCUAUGUCGGAAAUGUACCUAAGGCUCUUGAGCGCAGCUGCUUAUACAUAUGCGCUAAUUUUAUGAUGGUCAUCGCAUACAUUUUGAGUGGCUCUCGAAUGCACUUGCUCCAAACCAUAAUGAAUGUCUCUUCAAAAUUGCCCUUUAAUUCGUAUGAAAAACUAUCUAAGCUGAUCCACGCCAAGGAUAUCUUAGGUUUCUUCCUUCGAGUCAUAAUAGAAGUGAUUUAUUAUUCCAAAUUUGACUUUAGCUGGUACAAUAUGCCUUUACCGUACAUUCAUCUGAUGGCAUUUCAAAUGGAUAUGUUGUAUAUGAAUUGUGUUUGUAUAUUGAAGGCCUGUUUUAAAAGGAUCGAUGACGAUCUAGUAAAUUUACGAGAACUCGUCAUGAACGAUGAGCCGCAUCUCAUGAGACGAAUCCAUCAUGAGAAUAAAAAUCCAUUCGUAUUAAUUGAGCUCAAGGCUUUGAAGAAACAGCAUUUAGCAAUUAGCGAUACGGUGCAGAUGCUAAACAUGAAUUUCAGUCUGCACAUCCUCACUACUGUAAUUAUGACUUUUUCUCAGCUUACUUUCCAUCUAUACUACUAUAUAACGUAUUGGGAAAUCAGUAUGUUUGAGAACAGCACGUUUGAUUUAUUUUAUUAUAUAUUUACGAUGGUGCAUACCAUAAUUCAUUGUAUAAAAAUAACAAUGGUAGUAUGGGCCUGUGAAACCGGUAAAGACUGGGCCAUGAAAAUUGGAAUUACUGUUCACGAUCUGCUUAAUAAUAUCUCAGAUAAACAUAUUACAGAAGAGUUGCAGCUAUUUUCCGUGCAAAUAUUGCAUCGUGGAAAUGUAUUCUUUGCGAAAGGUUUCAAUGUGGAUGUUGCUCUUCUUAUUGCGAUAGUGAGUAACGUAGCUACAUAUCUGUUAAUCUUAAUACAAUUUUUUAUUACUACGCGUUUAUGCAACCUAAUGGCAGCAAAUAAUGGUACACAAAUUAUUUAA